AUGUCCGUGGCUGUUGCAGAGGGACGAAAUGCAAACCCUAAAGGGAGAUGCUCGAGAUGGAUUUGGCAUUUGUUUCCUCACGUUUGCCUAACUUUCUCUCUCAUUGUUUAUACAAUGUUGGGAGCGCUUAUGUUUCAACAGAUUGAGAAGAAGAAGAACCCUUACGACGAGUCGAUGGAAUUCCGUGCGGUUGUGCACGAGGUGGUGAAAACAGUGCAGAAUCACACUGGGCCAUCGAUGCAGCAAGACUUCUUGAAUGAAAUAGAAAAGAUUUUGAAAACAUUCAAUACCAAGAAACAACAUAAUCAGAAUUGGACCUUCUAUGGAUCACUUUUAUUCUGCUGUACCGUGUUCACUACAGUGGGUUAUGGGCAAAUUUACCCGGUGACCACAGAGGGAAAGGUGGCUUGUAUCCUAUAUGCACUAGUGGGCAUCCCACUUAUGUUGCUGCUCAUCUCCGAUGUGGGUGAUAUGUUAGCUGUUCUCCUGUCUAAAGCAUAUGCUCGUCUGAGCUUGUUCUUUAAGCAACUGGUGCUUAAUUGCUUAAGGAGACUUCAAAGGGAUGGCAAGGCAUUACCUACCCACCAAAAGCAAGCUGCUUCUGCUGAUGAUACCUAUAAUUUCAGCCCGGAUGUGGUGGUGCAAGAGUCAUUGGACAUUCAGCAAGUGAUAAGAACCCAGGCUUCCUUCAGACGCAAGUCCUUUCAGCUUCGUAAUAACAAAGAGAUCUUUGACCAGAUUAUUGUUAAAGAGAACUUCAAACAUCUAGGUGAAAAUUUCAAGAGUUCUCUGACUAAAUCCAGCUCCUGUCCGGAGCUUGACCGUGUACAUCAACAGACUGACAAGUUUUUCAUCGACAUUGGACAGGAAAUGGACAAAUUUAAGGUCCCCUUGCUGGUAAUUCUUCUGGUAGUAUUUGGGUACAUUGUAAUCUGCAGUCAAAUUCUGAGACAGUGGGAGAAUGAGUUGAAACCCUUUGAUGCCUUUUAUUUUACCUUCAUCACCUUGACCACCAUUGGCUUUGGUGACAUAGUGCCAAAGCAUCCUAUGUACUUCAUGUUAAUUUUUUUGUUCAUUGUCAUGGGCAUGGCCAUUUUGAGUAUGGCCUUCAAACUCGGCCAAUCACAAAUUGUUUGCUUUUAUAGGAGGUGCAUAAAGUGUCUUAGCAUGGGAAAGGUAAUACAUAAAGAUCUAGAGAGUAUGUGAUGGCAGAAGAAGCUUUGCAGUUUGGGCUUUUCUAAUGGGACAUGAGGCUCUUGGAACAAGAUGGAAGUUGAAGGGCGAUGGCCCAUAAUCCUGCUGCAGUACACAC